GGUACUUAGGGGUAAUUGAAAAUUUCAAUGCAGAGUAAGACUGGUUAAUGUAGUGUAUUUGUCCGGGCUGAGGUGCAAAAAGGGAAGGGAAUAGUCAUCGGUUAAUGUCAUAAUAUUACCCACUUACAAGGAGAUUAGGAGAUAAGUGAAAGAUGGCUCUGUUUAAAGCUAAAAGUGAAGAUGUGCCAGAUAUAGAUUUAGAUAAUCUAGAUGAUAUUCUUGCUUUACUUACUGUAGAAGAAUUAGAAGAACUUAAUGGAGAUUUUGAUCCUGAUAAUUCAUUGCUACCUCCAAGCCAAAGACAAAAAGAUCAGACAGAUAAGUCACCAACUGGUCCCUAUAGAAGACAGAAAUUAUUAGAUUUUCUAGAGAAAAAAGCAAAGGAAGAAAAAGAUUGGGAACAAAAUAAACCAUAUGUGAAGGAAACAAAAGGUAAAGUUUAUGUGCCAAAGAAAGUUGAAAAUGCCGUAAAUGAUAAAUCAGCAUCAGUAAAUGAGGAUGCAAAUACAGAAACUGAAUGGGAUGAUAUUUUAACACAGGCCUCAGAAGAAGAACUGGUAGAUCUAGCCGCUGUGCUUGGUUUCCAUAGUAUGUUGACACAAACACAAUAUUAUGCAUCAUUAGAAGAUAGAAAAAUCAGUGAAGGCGGUUUUAAAGGUGCAGCCCACUCCCAAUCAUUUAGUCCUGUGGCUAAUGAACCACCUAAUACUACAGAUGUUGAAGAUAGUAUUGCCAGAUUAAAGAGAAAUGAUCCAGAACUUACCAGUCUUAAUCUUAAUAACAUUAAGAAUAUACACAAUUAA